GCCCCUCGCAGCCGCUCCGAGAUGGUGGCCAAGCGGGCGGGCGCCUAAUUCUCCGGAAGGGUUAUUCUCUCGCUCCAUUCUUAUUUUUGGGGGGAGCCAGCUCCUUUUGGGGCCCGCUGGUUGGGUUAACGGCAUGGAGAACAGUCACCCCCCCCACCACCACCACCAGCAGCCCCCGCCGCAGCCCGGCCCUUCGGGCGAGAGGAGGAACCACCAUUGGAGAAGUUACAAGUUGAUGAUUGACCCAGCUUUGAAAAAGGGGCAUCAUAAACUGUACCGCUACGAUGGGCAGCAUUUCAGCCUUGCGAUGUCCAGCAAUCGCCCGGUGGAAAUCGUGGAAGAUCCCCGGGUGGUCGGCAUCUGGACUAAAAACAAGGAGCUGGAGCUGUCGGUCCCCAAAUUCAAGAUCGAUGAGUUCUAUGUGGGUCCGGUGCCUCCGAAGCAGGUGACAUUUGCCAAGCUGAAUGAUAACAUCCGUGAAAACUUCCUGAGGGACAUGUGCAAGAAGUAUGGGGAGGUGGAGGAGGUGGAGAUUUUGUACAACCCCAAGACCAAGAAGCACUUGGGCAUUGCCAAAGUGGUCUUUGCCACGGUCAGGGGAGCCAAGGAGGCCGUUCAGCACUUGCAUAGCACUUCGGUCAUGGGUAAUAUCAUCCACGUGGAGCUGGACACCAAAGGGGAAACCCGUAUGCGGUUCUACGAGCUGUUGGUCACGGGCCGAUACACACCCCAAACCCUGCCAGUGGGUGAGCUGGACGCUGUCUCUCCAAUCGUGAAUGAGACCCUGCAGCUGUCAGAUGCCCUGAAGCGCCUCAAAGACGGUGGCCUGUCUGCAGGCUGUGGCUCCGGCUCAUCCUCUGUCACUCCCAAUAGUGGUGGGACACCCUUCUCCCAGGACACAGCUUAUUCCAGCUGCCGCUUGGACACACCCAACUCCUACGGCCAGGGCACGCCGCUCACGCCACGCCUGGGCACCCCCUUUUCGCAGGACUCGAGCUACUCCAGCCGCCAGCCCACGCCCUCCUACCUCUUCAGCCAGGACCCCACAACGACCUUCAAGGCUCGGCGCCAUGAGAGCAAGUUCACAGAUGCCUACAACUGCCGCCACGAGCACCAUUAUGUCCACAACUCGUCUGCAGUCACUGCGGUGGCGGGGGCCGCAGCCGCCUUCCGGGGCUCAGUGGACCACCCAUUCGGGGCGGUUGGCGGCAGUGGGGGCAGCAGCGGGCCCCCAUUCAAGGCCCAACCACAGGAUUCAGCCACGUUUGCCCACACUCCACCGCCCACCCAAGCAACCCCUGCGCCCGGAGUUGCCUUCAAGUCGGCUUUCUCUCCAUAUCAGACUCCUGUGCCCCCUUUCCCCCCGCCCCCCGAGGAGCCCACCACCACAGCCCCCUUUGGGGCCCGUGACAGCGGUGAGUUCCGAAGAGCACCUGCGCCUCCACCCCUCCCACCCGCCGAGCCCCUGACAAAGGAGAAGCCUGGCACACCACCGGGACCCCCGCCCCCUGAGGCCAACAGCAUAGAGCUAGGUGGUCGGCCAACCUUCGGCUGGAGUCCCGAGCCCUGUGACAGCCCUGGCACGCCUACGCUGGAGUCGUCGCCUGCAGGGCCGGAGAAGCCCCAUGACAGCCUGGACUCACGGAUCGAGAUGCUGCUGAAGGAGCAGCGCACCAAGCUGCCCUUCCUUCGGGAGCAGGACUCAGACACAGAGCUGCAGAUGGAGGGCAGCCCCAUCUCCUCCUCCUCCUCCCAGCUUUCCCCACUGGCCCCAUUUGGCACUAACUCGCAGCCAGGCUUUCGAGGCCCUACACCACCCUCCUCGCGCCCCUCCAGCACUGGCCUGGAGGAUAUCAGCCCCACGCCACUGCCUGACUCAGAUGAGGAUGGUGAGCUUGAUCUGGGCCUGGGGCCUCGGCCCCCACCUGAGCCAGGUCCGCCAGACCCUACCGGUCUUCUGGGUCAGACAAGUGAGGCGGCCUUGGACCUGGCUGGAGACAGGACCCCAACCUCAGAGAAGAUGGAUGAGGGGCAACAGUCCUCAGGGGAGGACAUGGAGAUCUCAGAUGACGAGAUGCCCUCGGCCCCCAUCACCAGCGCUGACUGCCCCAAGCCCAUGGUGGUGACCCCAGGGGCCGGGGCCGUGGCAGCUCCCUCUGUGCUGGCCCCAACCUUGCCACUGCCCCCGCCCCCUGGCUUCCCACCACUGCCCAUGACGGUGCCCCCACCACCCCUGCCAGCCCCACCGCCUGGUGUCCCACCCCCACCCAUUCUGCCGCCACUGCCGCCCUUCCCACCAGGGCUGUUUCCUGUGAUGCAGGUGGACAUGAGCCACGUGCUGGGGGGCCAGUGGGGCAGCAUGCCCAUGUCCUUCCAGAUGCAAACGCAGAUGCUGAGCCGUCUGAUGACGGGCCAGGGCGCUUGCCCCUACCCCCCCUUCAUGGCUGCUGCAGCCGCAGCUGCCUCCGCUGGACUGCAGUUUGUCAACCUGCCGCCCUACCGGGGCCCCUUCUCCCUUGGUAGCACUGGCCCAGGCCGCGGGCAGCCCUGGCCACCCCUGCCCAAGUUUGACCCAUCAGUGCCACCACCAGGCUAUGUGCCCCGCCAGGAGGACCCACACAAGGCCACUGUGGAUGGCGUCCUGCUGGUGGUGCUCAAAGAGCUCAAGGCCAUCAUGAAGCGGGACCUGAACCGCAAGAUGGUGGAGGUGGUGGCCUUCAGGGCUUUCGAUGAGUGGUGGGACAAGAAGGAACGGAUGGCUAAGGCCUCACUGACCCCAGUGAAGUCGGGUGAGCACAAAGAUGAGGAUAGGCCGAAGCCCAAGGACCGCAUCGCCUCCUGCCUGCUGGAGUCCUGGGGCAAGGGCGAGGGCCUGAGCUACGAGGGACUGGGCCUGGGCAUCGGGCUGCGUGGGGCCAUCCGCCUGCCCUCCUUCAAGGUCAAGAGGAAGGAACCUCCGGACACGGCCUCAUCUGGUGACCAGAAGCGGUUGCGACCCUCCACCUCUGUGGAUGAGGAGGAUGAAGAGUCUGAGCGCGAGCGGGACCGGGACAUGGCCGAUGCCCCCUGUGAGCUCGCCAAGCGGGACCCCAAGGGCGUGGGUGUGCGGCGGCGGCCAGCCCGGCCCCUGGAGCUGGACAGCGGUGGGGAGGAGGACGAGAAGGAGUCACUGUCGGUGUCAUCAUCCUCAUCAGCAUCCUCGUCCUCGGGCUCCUCGACCACCUCACCCUCGUCCUCAGCCUCCGACAAGGAGGAGCGAGAAAGCACAGAGGAGGAGGGGGAGGGGGAGGAAGAGGGGGAGGAGGGCCCCAGGAGCCAGAUCUCCUCCUCCUCAACCUCAUCCAUGUCAGAUAAGGAUGAUGAUGAUGAAGACAGCGACGACCGGGAUGAGUCUGAGAAUGAUGACGAGGACACGGCCCUGUUAGAGGCGAGUGAGAAGGAAGAAGGGGACUCAGAUGGAGAGGAGACGGUGAGCAUCGCCACCUCUAAGCCUGGAGCUGAGUCCUCCAGUGAGAGUUCUGAGUCAUCUGACUUCGCAUCAAGCUCCGAGUCCUCUUCAUCAUCAUCAUCGGAAGAUGAAGAAGAGCUGGCAGCUGGGGAGGAGGAAGAGGAGGAGGAGGAGGAAGGGGAGGCAGCUGCAGACGAGAGCACGGCUCCCGCUGCUCCUGACGAGGACUUUGAGAAUGAAGUGGUCACAGGAGCACCCACAACGGAGUCACGGGGCCCAGAAGAGGAGGUGGACAUUGAGGCUGAGGAUGAGGCCCCUAAGGAGCGGACCCCAAUGCUGGAAGAGCCCCCCUUGCCUGUGAGUGUCGGGGAGCUGACUGGCUGCAAGGAGCCCCCCGAGGAACCAGGCCUGAACCAGGAAGGGGCCAGGUUGCUGUCUCCAGAACCCCCUGCAGGAGAGAUGGAGGCCCGGCCCCUGCCAUCCCCAGAGCCCACCCCAGAGGACAACCUGGAGGCGGAGCCUGAGCCCCCAGCGCUGCUCUCUUUACCGCUGCAGCCACCAUUGCCGCCACCUCGACCGCCCCGGCCACCCAGCCCACCACCAGAGCCCGAGACCCCAGACCUCCCCCUCCCACCCGUCCCUCUGGAGCCUACCCCCCAUGAGGACCAGCCUCCACGUACUCCGAGCCUCUGUGGCAGCCUGGGCAAGUCCCAGAGUGCAGAGGCGGUGCCGGCUACGCCGAGCGGGGAGCCUUUGCCGACGGUGGGCAGCGGCAGCCUGGCCCUGAGCUCCCCGCAGCUGCCCGGCAGCCCCUUCUCCUACCCAUCCCCAUCCCCCAGCUUGAGCAGCGGGGGCCUCCCAAGGACACCUGGCCGGGACUUUAGCUUCACGCCCACCUUCCCCGAGCCUGGGGGGCCCCUACUUCUGCCCGUCUGCCCCCUCCCAGCUGGCCGGCGUGACGAUCGGUCUGGCCCCUUGGCCUCCCCGGUGCUCCUGGAAACAGGCCUGCCGCUUCCUCUGCCCUUGCCCUUGCCCCUGCCCCUGGCGUUGCCCGUACCCGUCCUGCGGGCUCAGUCGCGGGCCCCCACCCAGCUGCCACCUCUGCUGCCUGCCCCUCUGGCCCCCUGCCCACCCCCCAUCAAGAGGAAGCCGGGCCGGCCCCGGCGAUCCCCGCCAGCUGUGCUCACCUUGGAUGGGCCUUUGGUCCGACCGCCAGGAGGGGCCACCCUGGGCAGGGACCUACUGCUUCUGCCAGGCCAGCCACAGACCCCUGUCUUCCCCAGCACCCAUGAUCCCCGGACCGUGACCCUGGACUUCCGGAACGCGGGGAUCCCAGCCCCCCCACCACCCACACCUGUUGAGCCCACCAAACUGCCCUUUAAGGAGCUAGAGAACCAGUGGCCCUCUGAGGCCAUCCCUCCAGGUCCCCGUGGGCGUGAUGAGAUCUCCGACGAGUUUAUGAACCUGGCCAAGGUGCGGGGGUCCUGGCGCCGGCCACCAAAGAAGCGCCACGAGGACCUGGUGGUCUCAGCUUCGCCCGAGCUCUCGCCACCGCAGCCUCUCUUCCGGCCCCGCUCAGAGUUUGAGGAGAUGACCAUCCUCUAUGACAUCUGGAAUGGUGGCAUUGACGAGGAGGACAUCCGCUUCCUGUGUGUUACCUACGAGCGGCUGCUGCAGCAGGACAAUGGCAUGGACUGGCUCAACGACACGCUCUGGGUCUACCAUCCCUCCACCAGCCUCUCUUCAGCUAAGAAGAAGAAACGGGACGAUGGCAUCCGGGAGCACGUGACGGGCUGUGCCCGCAGCGAGGGCUUCUAUACCAUUGACAAGAAGGACAAGCUCAGAUACCUCAACAGCAGUCGUGCCAGCACCGAUGAGCCCCCCACAGACACCCAGGGCAUGAGCAUUCCCGCGCAGCCGCACGCCUCCACACGGGCAGGCUCGGAGAGGCGAUCCGAGCAGCGGCGCCUGUUGUCCUCCUUCACUGGCAGUUGUGACAGCGACCUGCUCAAGUUCAACCAGCUCAAGUUCCGGAAGAAAAAGCUCAAAUUUUGCAAGAGUCACAUUCACGACUGGGGCCUGUUCGCCAUGGAGCCCAUCGCGGCCGACGAGAUGGUCAUCGAGUACGUGGGCCAGAACAUCCGCCAGGUGAUCGCUGACAUGCGGGAGAAACGUUAUGAGGACGAGGGUAUCGGUAGCAGCUACAUGUUCCGGGUGGACCACGACACCAUCAUCGACGCCACCAAGUGCGGCAACUUCGCACGUUUCAUCAACCACAGCUGCAAUCCCAACUGCUAUGCCAAGGUGAUCACAGUGGAGUCGCAGAAAAAGAUCGUCAUCUAUUCCAAGCAGCACAUCAACGUCAAUGAAGAGAUCACCUAUGACUACAAGUUCCCCAUUGAGGACGUCAAGAUCCCCUGCCUCUGUGGCUCUGAGAACUGCCGGGGGACCCUCAACUAGGCCGGCACCCGGGGUUGUCAGCCACCCCGGCUCCCAAGCGUGGACCCUGGCUCUCUGGGGCCGGGUCCCACCUCCCACCCCCAUUUCAGGUGCUGUCCCUCUGCCCAGUGGCCGUGCCAGGGCCUGGCGCCCCCAACACUACCCCCAGGUCCCAUCGCAGCUCCGGCCCCUCAGUGGGAAAGGGCUUCUUUGUCUCAGCCCGUGUCUCCUUCAUUCUUUUUUUUUAAAUGCUCCUUUUGGGACUUUGGUUUAACUCCGGUGUAAAUGUCUUCCCCCACCUUUUCCCCGUCAUCCGCCUCUUUCCUUCUGUGUUUUCUCGUCCUGUCCUGCCCCGUCAGCCUCUUCCCAUGAAUGCUGCUAUGUUGUUCUGUCUUCUUUUCUUUUCUUCCUCUUCACAAGAAAAGACAUUUUAACCAUUGAAAUGUGAAAGCAGAAUCAGAGAGUGGGGUCCCCCGGCGGGGGCUGCAGAGCCUCAGUUUGAUGUGCGUCGGCCCAGGCCCACGUUCUGGAACCCUCCAGGCCCGGGCGCUAGGCCAGGUGCUGCAGAGGAGGGGGUCAGGCCAGGCGGCUUUGACCUCAGAACACUACGGAAGGCCCCCUCUCUGCUGGCGGACUCAGUGAGAAGACCCCCCCUCUUUCCCAUCCCCUCCUCAGUCUGUUCCUUCCCCAUCAGUCUGGGGGUGCCCCCCCCAACGCCCUCCAGCAGACCGUGGUGGAGCCAAGCUGGCCCCAGGAAGGAGUUUCCCCUCCGGGGCUCUCCGUGCGGCCCCACACCCGCCAUCCCCCAAAUCUUGGGUUCAAUGUUUACUUUCUCAUUCGAAUGCCAGCAACGAGGGAGCCUCCAGGAGGUCCCAGUGUGGGCAGGGGGUGCUGGAAGGGGGUGUUUACUCUCUCCGGCCCUCACCUUCACCCAGGGAGAGAGAUACACCUCCCAGGGAAGGCGGGUCCCCCAGUCCCGCCACUACGGGUGUCUGACCGAAUGCGUGUGGCAUUUUUUUUUAAUUUGCUUAUAAGCUUCACCUGCUCACCCCCAGCCCAUAGAGCCUGACUCACCCUGCCAGCAAGCCCUCACCCCAGGAAGUCAAGAGCAUAUUUAUUUUCGGAGUGAGAAGAUGCAUUUCUCCCAGAGAAAGGAAAAUCUUGGAAAAGAUUUAAAAACUCACAACUAAGUCUGACAGGUUUUUUUUUUAACCCUUUACAUCAUCCUCUUCCAAGUUCCUUUCCAUGAAUUUUUUUUUUUCUUGUGCGUGUAUAAAAUCAAAACGAAGGGAAAAAAAAUAGGUUUUUGAAGUUCAGAACCGACUUCUGUACAUAGGCUGCCAUAAAGGACUUUUUCUCGGGAACAUUGUUUCUUGUAGAAACACGUGGGAAGACUUUUUUGCUUAUUUCUUUGUACUUCCAAAAAAAACCACACACACACACACACAAAGCAAGUCCCCCGCACCCCAGAAAGCAAAGCAGGCGUGUAAAUAAUUUAUGGAAAGUGACUGCUGUGACCAAGAGUCAUCCUCAGCAAGACGGGAGCGCUCCCGCUGGGGCUGCGCCACCCUGCGGAUGCAGGCCCGGAGCCUCUGGUAUCUCAGCUUGUGUCAAGCUUGUUAUCAUGUAAAUUCUGUACAAAGAAUUGUUAUUUUUUUCUCUCUCUUUUUUUUGGUCGUUGGUGGUUUUGUUGCGUUUUUCUUUUUCUUUUUUUUCUAAUUUCUUCACCCCAAUGCCUCUCUGUUUGAGACUGUGCCCACUGGUUUCAAGGUCAAUGAAAUCGGUGGCAUGAAGACACAGAGGGGGACCUGGGUACAGCGGCAACCUUCUCUUCCUUUUGCGGUUUUCUGCCUCAUUGUGCAACUGAGGAAAUAUUUAUUUUUCACAUGAGGAAAUGUGUAGUUUGUAGAGAUGGCUGAUUUAAGUUACUUCUGCAGUCCCCAAGGGGCUGGCUUCAGUCUAUCCCUUCCUCCCAUAAAAGAAGUGGAGGUAGGGGGUGUGAGGAAACCAGGGUCCGGGGUCCUGCCUCACCCCUCACCCUGGCCUCACCUUGCCCAACCAGCCUUCCCUAAGGGCAAGUAAGGGCCUGGGCCCUCCCUGUCCGCAGGAACCCCUGUCCCAUCCCUGAAAUGGCUUGUGAUAGCCAGAAAUGUGUCAAGUCAUUUUUCUUUCAAUGCCUUCAUUCUUACUGAACAAACUUGCUUUUCAAGAGUUGGGGGUUUCUGCUUUUUCUUUUUCUUGUCCCUCCCUCCCUCCUUUCUCCAGCCAAGAAGAGAAUCCAUAAGUUUUAGGGAUGUUUGUGCAUAUAGACUCUCAUCGUAUGUAACUUGUUUUGAAGAGAAGUGUUUCCGUUGUGGGUGUGUCUUGCUGUAAAUAUUUGUUCAUAUUUUUGUGAAUUCAAUACUAUGUACCAUUGUAUUAUAGUAACUUUUAUAAAGCAAACCAUAAAUAUACUGACUUUUCUUACAGAUA